AUGGAAUCUACCGCCGGAACUCCGUUGUCCUCUCAAAUAGAAUCCAUCGCAAAGGAGACUGAGACGAUUGAUGAUGUAGACGAAGAAUUGGAGAUGCUUUUACGCAGCGCAUUUUCGAACUGUCCGCAGUGUAAAGAACUAUAUAGUGACUAUAACUGGUGUCAAUCUUGUGAGGUUCAGAAAUUUCAAGAGUGUUUUAACAAAUGGACUAGCGGGAACGAUGCUGUUGAUAAUUUGAUAAAGGAGACGCAAUUGAAUGCUCUCACUUAUCGAUCUUAUCUAGAGUGGAUUCCAUAUUCAGAGUUUAAUGAUAUUGAACUCAUCGCUCAAGGAGGAUUCGGACCUGUUUAUUCCGCUAUUUGGGCUGAUGGGCCAAAAUGGAAUUUUGACAACGUAACUGGGACAUGGGUUAGAUCUGGACAAACAAAAGUCGCGUUAAAGUGUUUAGACAAUUCGAGGAAUAUUAGUCAAAGUUUCUUGAACGAGGUAAAGCUACACCAGUUUUCAUUCGUGAGUGACUUUGUUUUGCGUUGCUAUGGAGUAUCUCAACAUCCAGCAACCAGAGACUACAUCAUGGUGAUGGAAUAUGCUGAUAACGGCGACUUGUAUCAUUACCUGAGAAACCAUUUUGACGACAUUAGUUGGUAUGACAAGUUAGCAAUACUCAGAGAUAUCGCAAUGGGCUUAACAGUAAUCCAUUCUGCAGAUUUACUUCAUCGAGACCUCCAUACGGGAAACGUACUUCUCAGCCUAGAUCUAAUGCAAACAUACAUAGCUGACUUGGGUCUGUGUCGCCCAUCACACAGACAUGUUGACUAUGAUGAAGUAUACGGUUCCCUUCCUUACGUGGCCCCAGAAGUAUUACAGGGCGAAGAAUAUAGUAAAGCAGCUGACAUAUACAGUUUUGGCAUAAUCAUGUGGGAAAUAGCAACUGGCAAAAAGGCAUACGGUGAUAGAGCGCACGAUACACGGCUUGCAGUUGAAAUCUGCAGAGGUAAACGACCGGAUCCACCAAAAGACGUUCCCGAAUGUUAUGUAAGAUUGAUGAAUUGGUGUUGGGAUGAAGACCAAGACCAGAGGCCUGAUGCUGACGUCUUACAAGCUGUUAUCGGAAGGGACUGGCUGUCUAAGCUCAAGCCUGAAGUAAAACAACCUCCUCCAUCUAACAGUAAGAAAACUACGCCGCGAACGUCCACACCACGAAAAACUAAUAGUACCACCACUAAUACCGCUACCAAGACAUCACCGACGAAUGUAACAAGAUCAUCUUCACAGCGAAAUUCUAGCACACAAUCCAAACCUCUAGCGAAAAGAAACAACAGUACGCCAACAAGGACCACUACCCAGAAAAACUCUGUUACUUCGCCCGUGCUGUCUGCCGCAGCUCAGGAAGCCAACCAGUUCAAAGCUGCCGAGAAGAAACGGCGUGAGGCAUUGGAAGCUAAGAAGGCUUCCAAGACUGAUGAGAAUGUGAAAAAAGAUGAGGAACUACAUCCUCAAGCAGUAUAUACGAGCAGAUUGCUUUCGUUUCCUGAUCUUGCUACAGUAACUUGA